AUGCUUGUCACCACAAUCUUUGCGACAAACGAUGGCAUUAAGGAAGGCCAGCUGGCGGUUCUCUUCUUUCUUCAUCGUAAAGUGGAUGCCCGAGAAGUCGCCGUUGAGAGGUUUUUUGAACGUGAGCACCUGGUCCCACUCUAUGACAACGAAGGUGUCAUCCACCUAUCGCACCCAGAAUUUCGGUCUGUGGUGUUAGAAGACCAGUAA